UUUAUAGUAGAAGGAGAUUUUACCUGACAGAAUAUAACACAUUUUUUUAUAUUAUCAGAAAGCAGGUUUCUUGUGAAUAGUAAGCAUUUUUAUCAUGAAAUACAAAUCAGGUCAUCUGCCUCACCUCAUGCUAGGGGAAAUGUAUCCAUCAUUUCAAAGCAGAAAAUUGUUGAUGUUUACUUUUGAAAGCCUGCCAUGGAAUGAAUGUGCUGGAAAUCUCCCUGUGUUUCUUGCACUCUACAACAUAAAUAAGAAAGGGGAAAACUUUUUCCCAAGAGAGUAUUUUGGAGGAUUCACAGAUCAAAUGGGAGUAUGAAUGCAUAAUGAAUGAUAUCAAGUCUUUAAUGUGAUGUGGCUUUGAUGAUAUAGGGUUCCAUUUAAAAGCAUCCGAAAGCACUUGGUAAUACAUGAGUCCAACAUCAAUGCUAGGUCUUAUCAAUGUACAAACAACUCCUUACGUUACUGCAGGGUGUUUGUGAUACAAGGUCAUGCAGUUAUGUGAAGUAUAUGCUUCAGAAGUCGAGUCUAAAACAAAUAUCCAAAAACUACUGCAAUAUUUUUAAGUGACUAUUGAAAAUAUUAAUAUGGUAUGUUUUUCAACCUUUCAGACGAAAGAACUCCAGAAGAGAAAGUCUGAAGUAAUGUUGACACUAGCUCCUCUAAAGGCUAAGUUGGCUUGCUUGACCAGAAAAUGCCAGGAAAGGAACAGCUUCAUUAUCAGAAUGCAUGGCGAGUUUCACCGUCAAGGAUUUAACAACUCCAUGUUUGAUGAAGAGGUGAGGAGCUUGGUGAACGACAUUGCCCUUGCAGAGUACACAGCCACUUUUACAACAACAUGUAAUCAAGAGAUGCUGCCUUCUUCCACAGACAUUUCAGAGGCCAGUGGACAGUCGGAGAAUCAUGAGGCUUCAGUCAGGGUGAGCAGAAUGUCAGGGUCAGUACCUGCAACCUUUCUGCAAGAGGCAGAUGGCAUCCACAGUUCUCACAUCACUCCAAAUAUAUACACCAGUUCUUCUGUAAAAUUAACAAGUCCAGAGAGGAUCAUAGCCUUGCAUCGGGAACUAAGACAAAACCAUCAGAGAAACUGCCAGAUGCCUUCAUUUGUCUCCUCCAAUACAAACUCAAGGACUGACCCCAACCUGUCCAUGACUCAUGAGGAAACACCUUGGCCUCCACUCCCGAAGAUGAAGGACGCACUGGAGCUUUCGAAGCGUGACUGGUCCAUGCAGGGGAGGGACUGCUUGUCCAAAUGGGAUGAUGUAUUUGGGGGUCAAAUAGGAAAUCAGCAUGCAAGUGCUAUUCCCCAGGGAAUUAAACCGAAAGAUGUCAUUACAAAUAAUGCAUGGCUCUCUAGAGAAAAAACAGAUGGCUCAACCUCAGCUACCACAGCAAAAAGCUCUUUGUCAGACAUGUUGUCAGCAAGUAAUAAAGGUUGAAAUCCUGUGGGAAGAAAUCAGCUGCAUGGGAAAGAAUAAAAACCUCAGAAAUAAAACAAGGUAAAGCAAUGUGAUAUUCCCAUUGUAAUACUACUUUGUAUGUAUAAAAAGUACUGCUUAUUUUCUAAACCAAAAAUAUUUUACUAGAUGUUUGAGGUGUCUGGAAAAUUUACAUGAGAAACAGCUUUAAUCAUUUUUAAGAUCAGCAUUUCUUAGAAGACUUGAGAUAACUGAAACCAGCAGAGUUUUCAACAGCCAUGCUGCUUCUCAAUUUUUGCUUUACCACUUGUCUAUGAUUUGUUUCUCCUUUAACUGUGAAACAAUCUAUUAAAUCACUUUUGUUUUUAUAUACAACCUAUUUCUUCAGAGUGCAUUGGCAAGUUCUGAAAAAAUAUCUGGCUUGAGUGACAGGAACUUAAGGAGAUAUUGUGGCAUGGAAUUCCUAAAUUCCUACUUUAUGUAAAUGUGACAGUAGUUUUGCUGUUAGUAGUUCCUUAAAGUCGUGGGAUUUUUUUCUUUUUUCUUUUAAUAAGCUGACUUACAGCAGGAUACUCUGUGUGUUCUUGUAGAUGGUACUAUCCAUAAAACACCAUCCUUCAAUUGUUACUUUUAAGCCCUUCAUUCAAAUUCCGGUUUAAUUUUUUUAGCGGCUUUAUUGUUUCAGAGUGCUUGUUUAGAUGACUGCUUGGGUCAUACGGUCAUAUGAUGAGUGCCAUAACAGAGCUCCUGGGGUGGAUGCUGUGAUGGCAAACCCCUAUACCUGCAGUAAACACAAGUGAAGGCAGUGCCAGGCCAGCUGCUCUAGCAUAGCUGUGGUAGAGCUUCCUUGUGAACCUGACUCAGAAAUAGAUGUGGUCUGGUCUGUGUGAACCUUUGAUGGAACCUGGGGUAAUGGGAGGGAGCAGGAAGGAGGCAUAUAUGAGCCAAGAUAACUUGAGUCUGGAAAAUUUAACAGAGCAUUAUUGCAAAUCACCCUAAACACUUAAGUGCCAUUUAUGUUGGGAUCCUACCAACCAGGGUUGAUAUUUUUGGAAACUCAAGUAUUCAAAUUUCCUAGCUAUCUUUAUUUUUAAUCACUUUUAUUAGGAAAGGGCAUUUUUAACACACGUUAAUUUGUGACGCUGUUCUGUGCUUUUUCACUGCCUUCAUUGAUUACCCCCAAUUGAUUCAUAAUGCAUUAUUGCUUUUUUGUUGCUGCUCCUCCAAAGUCAGAAAUAAAAUGACUGGUUUUGAAGAAGUAUUAAUGCACAUAUUCACUCCUCAUGGUGGGAAACCCAUCUUAAUUUGCUCAGUAAUGUAGCAGAGCAAUUGCUUACAGCAGUAACAGAAUUGAUCUUCAUCCAAAACCUCUUUAGAAAAUACACACCACAUGUCAAGGGAAAUAGACUCUGAAAAUGAUGUUUUAAAGCACUGUUUAAGCAGAGACACCUAUGAAUAUCCAACAUCUGGAAUUCUGCUCUCAUCUGUCUUCCUAUUCUUUCUAAUGCUGGCCGCAGUUCUGAAGAUAAAUCUGAUGUCCUGCCACGAGUUGUCUUAUUUAAGACUAGGAUAUUUCAAUGUAGAAAAACACAUUACUUGACACUUUCAUAUUGAUAAAAUGAUGCUUUAAAGGUCAGCACUUAACAAAAACUUUUUUGGAGCUUCAUCUUGCUGACAGUAAGUUACAUGAACUGGUAGCUCAGCUCGGCUAGAGGACAAAUGAUAAUGAAGCGUGUUAAUAAUAAGGAUAUUAAUAAUAUUAUUGUAUGAUGAUAAGAUAACCUGUUUUCAUAAAUACCAUAGUAUCUUACCAUGAAAUGAAGCCUUUCUCAGUCCAGUCUCUUUCUAAAGAUAACUAUGGCUUAUCUAUUAUGCUUUGUGUUACAACUAAGUCGGUUAAUUGGCCCCAUUUUUCCUUCUGUUGAAAUUGUUUCCUGAACAAGGUCUGCAGACACACAAAGUUUUUAGUUGUGGGAACAGACACAGACAUAUUACAACAAGGAGCUCCAUAAUAUCUAGUGGACUUGAGAAAUUCCUCAAGCAAAUAGAUUAUUUGCUGGCACUUUGUAGCUUUGCUUUGCAAACCAUAGAUUUUAAUUAAAAUCCUUUUUUUUUUCCCCCAAUUCUUUAAGAAAUACAUUCUUCCUACAACAAUAAAAAAAAAUUAAAGAUGUGCAGAUAACACAGUUCUAACUUUUCUAUCCAUUGUUUUUUACUUCUGCUAAAUAAAAAUGCAAGAUUUUAGAUAUCGCAGUGGAGGAAUGUUAAUGAUUUAGCAGCGUUCAUUUACAGUGUUACCUACAACAGCCCUAGAAAAGACAGAUCAUCUAAAGGCUUUCUUUUUGAAACUUCUGUCCUACUCCAUUUCAUCUUAACACUGAAUAGGCAAAUGAGAAAUGAUAGUCAUAUUAUGCCAAAUAAUUUUCUGCUAAUUGAUGUACAAGAUUAGAUGAGGGUUUACAUCAGCAACAAGGUCUUUCAAAUUCUUUAAACACUGUAAUUUAUAAAAACCAGCUCCAAGUCGUACAGUGGCAGGACAGAUGGUUUGUGUACUGGUGUCCUGCCAAGCUGAAGCUGAAGCCCUUUGGGAGUCUGAGCUUGCUAAGUGAUUCAUACAGAACAAUUAAUAUUUCCUCUUAUUCCUUUUUU